GUGUCUAAACAGCGGUACAGCUACUUUACAUAUCCUGUUUCUCUGACUCAGAUUAUGACGGCUGUCGGUAGAGGAGGCUAGCCGAGCUGCGCUGCAUAGAUGCUCGGGCAACUGGACAAAACUAAAAGCAAGAACAGAAAAAGGCGGAUAUUCAAUGAUGGACGGGUUUGCAGGGGACAUGCUGAGCGGCGGCCGGGCUCUGCUCGGUGAGGACAGCUCGGUGAUGGCUCGCAUGCAGAAGAAGUUCUGGAAGACCAAGCAGGUCCUCAUCAAAGCCACGGGCAAGAAGGAGGACGAAUACAUAGUGGCCUCAGAUGCUGACCUGGAUGCCAAGCUUGAGUUUUUCCGCUCGGUUCAGUCCACGUGCACAGAGCUGCUGAAGGUGAUCGAGAAGUACCAGCACAGGAUCACACGCUUGUCUCAGGAGGAGAAUGAGCUCGGCCUGUUCCUGCGCUUCCAGGCUGAACGUGAUCGCACAAAGGCUGGCAACAUGAUGGACGCCACCAGCAAGGCCCUGUGCGCCUCCGCCAAGCAGAGGAUGGCACUUUGCCCGCCACUGCACCGUUUGCACCAGGAAGUGGAGACGUUCAGGCGGCGCGCCAUCGCUGAUACGCUACUGACAGUGAGUCGUAUGGAGAAGGCCCGCACCGAGUACAGAGGAGCUCUGCUCUGGAUGAAAGACGUCUCCCAAGAACUGGACCCAGACACCUACAAACAACUGGAAAAGUUCCGCAAGGUCCAAGCACAGGUCCGAGGGACGAAGAGCCAGUUUGAGAAGCUGAAGAAUGAUGUGUGUCAGAAGGUUGACAUGCUGGGAGCAAGCCGCUGCAACAUGCUUUCCCACUCCCUCUGUACCUACCAGACCACUCUGUUGCAGUUCUGGGAGAAGACGGCCCACGCCAUGUCAGGAAUCCAUGAGGCCUUCCAAGGACAUGUACCAUACCAGUUCACCACACUCAAGGACCUGCGAGACCCACUGGAGCAAAUAACAGACACAGAGAAACAAGAGGAUAAGAAGGAGAAAGCUCUACAGAGCAACAUAGACAGUCUGGUGUCCUUGGAUGAUGACAAGCCAUCAGGAAGUACCUCUGACGCAGACCCCACCCACAGCAGUGAUGGACAGAGCCAGACCAGAGUGCGCCUAAACACUACCACACCUACUCCAGCCCUGCACAACCUCAGAGGACUGUCAGCGGGCUCUGAUGAUGACCUGAUGCUCAUGGCCUGUAAUCUGCCACAGUCACAGCUCCCAGCCUCAACAAACAUCCCUCUCCUGGCUCAGCUCCUGCCUCCUCUUCAGGGUGGCGACCUGAAUGAGUCCUGGGGCUUUGGAAGCCUGCAGUCCAGCCUCUCACAGCUGCCUGCCACCGGUGGGGGUCUGCUCUCAGGUGGUUUGCCCCACCCCGCUGGGACAGGGCUGAGACCGGAGGAAGAUGGCGAACGGGGCGACAUGGCUUUCCUCAAAGACCUCCUCAGCCCCGGCCCGGGGGCCAGCGACGAGUUCAGCAGAGAGUGGCAGGAUGCUUUCGGGCUGUUUGACCCUCCCAGCGUCCCCCCAUCGAGCACAGGAGCAGCAAGUAGUGGGCCAGCAGCACGUCCACCCUCUAACCCCCCCAGCCCCACAGGCUUCCUGCCCUCCCAGCUGCUGGAUCACAGUCUGAGCUCUACAGGCUGGUCAACCCCACCUAUGUUCCAAGCUCCGCCCCUGCAGCCUCCCCCUGGUCAGAACCAAUCAGCUCAGCUGGCUCCAAGUUCUGCAGCUAAUGCAGCUCCAGGUGGAUCCAAAGACAUGUCUGCCUGGUUCAACCUGUUCGCAGACCUGGAUCCCCUCUCCAACCCCGACGCCAUCGGACGCUCUGUGGACGAGCUGCUCAACGCUUAAAGCUCUCUCUGUGUGUGUGUGUGUGUGCGUGUGCGCGUGCGUGCGUGUGUGUGUGUGUGUGUGUGUGCAGCAGUGUGUGAAGAAGAACACACAUUAACAGUGAAAAACACAGACAUUGAUGCACACACAUGUGCCUGCAUUUCUGUUAGCAGGAGAGAUGUGUACAUAUCCACACUUACAAAUACACACUCACAUUUGCGUUACACUGUCGGUCGGUCGGUAUGACGGUUAAACGCUCUCUUCAGCGGCUCACAGCUGCUCUCUGCAGCUUUUGUAAACGACUGUUAACACUACACGCGAAGCCACUGACUCAUAUGCACACGGCAAACCUCAUGUGGUGUGUAUUACCUUUCGCUAUUAGUUGUUGCAGCUUCUGUUGAGCGGAGAGAAUGUUUGGGUUACAGGUUCAUUUUGGACAGUGUUGUGUGUUUUUAUAUAUGUUACAUUGUUUGGGUGUGUCAGUUUGCUGUGUGUACACAUCACAAGGGACCCAGGAUGUAAAAAAAAAAGUCUCUAUUUACUGCUUAGUGUUGUUUAUACAUGGUAGCACAUGAUUGUCACAUAUGAAUGAGGAGCGUACAAGAUGGGACCCCGAGCCUGUAUUUGCACACAAAAACAACAGCAGCAGUUGAAGCUCAAGGUGCACCAGGGGCCUGUAUCGCAGAGCAAGAUGAGUGUGUUAUCCAGCCGUCUUUGGACUUUAACCAGGGUUUCUGGUAUCACAAUGCUGACUCAUUUUUAAAUGGAGUGGCUCACCAUGGUAAGAAGGGGCAACUAACCCGGGCCCUGUUUCCUAAAAGCAUCUUAAACGGGGCCAACUGGAGCAGGUUCAGUUCAGAGGAAAACUUACGGAGUUUGGAUUAAAGUGACAAUUGCAGUUGUUAAUCGCAUUACGUUUCUUUCUUUCAUCCCUGACAGGACAGUACAGAUACUUUUACACUCUUAUUCCAUCACUGCAGCUCAGGAUAACAUGAGGGGAUUUUUAGUGUCAGUAAAUCUUUUUCGACUCAUUAAUUAGAAUUAUCAUGUCGCUAAGCAGUCAAUUCUUAUUAGAAAACAAGAUACGAGCCAUGCUAGCAGCUCUUUGGAGCUGUACAUAAGCUAAAUGCUAACAUCAGUUAACCAUGUUCAACCAUCUAAAUUUAGCAUGUUAGCAUGCUGACAUUUGCUAAUUAGCACUGAACACAAAGAACAGCUGAGGCCGAUGGGAUUGCAUUAGUUUUGCAGGAAUUUGGUCAUAAACCAAACCGUAAUUUUGACCUGAUGAUGGCGCUAGAUGAUCACCGACUUUAUUACAAGUCAUCCUGGGGGGGACAUGAAUGUCUGUACCAAUUGUCAAUCCAUCCAAUAGUUAAUGAGAUCUUUCAGUCUGGACCAAAGUGGUGGACCGUCCGACUGACCGACCGUGCUAUCCAUAGAGCCAUGUUGCAAGCCUUGCAUGUCUUUUUUUUUUUUUUUUUCAGACCUUUUUUGCUCCGACUAUCGGUACCUUUUCUCUCUGCUUUGGCAGCAGGAACAGCCUUACACACCAAAAUGUCACUAUGCAAAGUAAAUGGAUUAUCUAUGGAUAAUCUUCCAAACUCACUCUAGACUACCGAAAAUGCAAAUGCCAGCUGUAUUUAAAAAGGCCUAAUAAUUCUUCUUUAUAUUCUUGCUUUAAAUAUUUGGAUAUUAUUCCUACGGCUGCUUACUAUUUUCUAGUUUGGGGAUUUUAUUCUCUGCGGGUAUCACCAGUACUCCACUCAUUGUUCUGAUGAUGUUUCUUGUAAUUAAGAACUUCACCUCUUUCACAUGAAUGCUCUUGUAGCUGGAUAGUAAAACCCAGAGUUGCCAGAGCCUGUUGAUGACCAGCUUCAUGAUAAUCCAGAAUCACUGAUGUUGGGCUCAGUAAGGCCAGGUAACCCAAAGUUACUUGCUCUGUGAUACAGACCCCUGCUCAAACUCUGGAUCUUUAAGACUCCACCAGUUUGUUAAAUAAUGUGACACUUUUGUUUGAUCUCUGUAAGGAAAUUCUCUGUUUUCUGUUAGGGUUUCAGUCUAAUGGUCUAAAAGCAACACUGAACUGUAAACUGUCUAGUCUCUGGAGAGGAACUGGAGUUAGAUUACAGGCACAGUGGAAAUUCAGUCCAAACUUCCUGAUUAUCCUCUUGCCUUCAGCCCAGAUUCUACUUUCUCUGAAUGUAGUGUGGGUAAAAAUAGGAUGUGUUUGAAAUCAUCUUCAGUCCCAUCUGUCGUUUUGAAUUUCACAAUCACAAGUCCAAGGCCAAGAAAAAUGUGCGAAGGAUGAAACAUUUAUUUUGAAGUGGUUUUCUCUUGAAGGAAGUUUUAAAGUAGGACACAGGAAUUUGAUUAUUUUUGGGUGGGUGGGUUAUUUAAGUUCUAUAAAUCUGCAAAUAACGACACCUAAGCUGCAUCAAAAUGUAUUUAUUUUCAGAUCUUAUCACUAUUUGCAAAAUCAGGUGUCUCUGUUGUGCAGUACACUGAAAAAAUAACACCGUAUAAUACUGUCUAUUUUUAGCUCGGUGUGUUGUGAAUUUUGAGAAUCCACAGAUUUUGGAAAUAUAUUAUUGUUUUAUGGGAAAAUAAUCAACACUGGAGAACUGUUACCAUGUCGUAAAAUGGAUUUCUAAUUUACUUGAUGUGGAUUUAAUUCCCACUGAUUAUAUUUGUUUUUGAACUACCAAGACUGACAUUUUUGAAUGUUUACAAAUUGGCUUAGUGAACAGUUGAAAAAUGAAGAUGUAGAGUUGUGUUUCUAAAAUGUAUUUUAUGGCUAAUACACCUGAGUUGUUGUGAAUAUGAUGUCCACAUGCACCGACGUUAUGACAUUUGUGUGCCUGUAUAAGUCGGACUCAGUGGAGCGAAGGUGAUCAGAGUGCAUCAUGGAAGAAAUUCAUCUCAGAAAAACACUUUUUAUACAAGCUGCACAUUAGUAGCGGAAUACACCCCUGCUACACAGCAGGAUAUUUCAUUGUUUUCUUGCUUUAAUGUGACACGUGGACUUUUUUUUUAGGAAAAAUCUGGAAGGAACUCUAUUUAUGCUCCUAUCCAAGUGUAGUGGUCACAAGGGAAACUACUCUGUAUGAGUAUUUAUCACAUCAUGUAUUAUACUAUUUAUUCUUGAUUUACACACUUUAAAAAAAAGAAUGUAUUACUCAAGUCAAUCACAAAUGCUUUAUUUAAUUCAACUAUGCCUUUUUAUUUCACUCGAGGGGUUUAACAGAUGAAAACUUGGCAGUUCUGUUUCCAAUAAACUGGACAAGCAAACAAAGAA